AUGUCAAAAUCCCCAAUCCCUUCUUGUUUUCGUCCGGCAACCACCAAAACUAUAACCCACCACCGCUCCACCACGGCGGCGCCGCCUCCCACCCACAAUCCUAAUCUGACAACCUGUCUUUACAACACUGGUUUAGGCCUAUUUGCCCUGACCUGGUCACGGAACCUCUUUAGCCGCUCCCUGCACCUCCACUUCCUCCUUGACAACUGUUCCUCCGAUAAUGACAAAGAUUUCUCUUUUCCUUCCUUAUCCACUUCUUCUUCCUUUCACCUCCUUAUCAAGCCCUUUAUUUUCUGGAGGAAACAAGGCUCUAAAAGGCUUGAUAUAAACACCAAAUCAGUUAAAAAUGCUUACGUCUUUUGGGAUCUUUCUAGAGCCAAAUACGGAGCUGGACCCGAGCCCCAGACCGGAUUCUACAUCGCCAUUGUUGUAGAUGGUGAAAUGAUCCUACUAGUUGGCGAUUCUGCUAGAGAAGCCUAUGCUAAAACCAAAGCAAGAAAUCCUAAAAGAAACCAGAAAAUGGUGGUAAGAAGAGAACAUGUGUAUGGCAACAAGCUUUACGCUACGAAAGCCAAUUUCGGUGGCAAAGAGAGGAAUAUCUCGGUCGACUGUAGAAUCGGUAACGACUCUAGGUUAUAUAUUUCAGUCGAUAACAAAAGGGUUCUGCAGAUCAAGCAUUUGAAAUGGAAGUUCAGAGGCAAUGAGAGAAUUGAAGUUGAGGGAGUGAAUGUACUGGUUUCAUGGGAUGUAUACAACUGGUUGUUUGAAGAAGAUCGAGAACAUGGCUAUGCAUUAUUCACAUUCAGAUUUGAAGAUGAUGAAGAUUUCAACAACAAUAAUAUGGGGAAUGUGAUUUGGUCCCAACAGUCGUUUGGAUUUGGAUUUGAAACCAAGAAAAUGAAGAAGGGUUUGUUGAGAUCGGCUGGGAGUUCAUCAUCUUCGUCAUUGUCAUCAGUUUCUUCAAGUUGCAGCUCUGUUAUGGAAUGGGCAAGUAAGGAAGAGAAUGAAUUGAAGGUUCCCUCUGGAUUUUCUUUGCUGAUUUAUGCUUGGAAAAGCUGA